GGGGAGCCCGCGGCCGCGGCUCGCGGUGACCGGUGAAGGGAAGAAGGGAAGGGGUCGCGGCGGCGGAGCGGAACACAGUUUUACUGCCAACCUAACGCCGACAAAUCUCACGGCCGGGUACCGUUAAAAUCUUUACUGCCUCCACUGUUCACCUCUGAUUUGAAAAAGCAUUGAAGAAAAAUAAGCCUAUUGUGGGCCGUUGUAAGGUACUGAUAGCAAAUCGUCAUCGGUAAGUACCUCGCCAUGAGGACCUGUGAGCAUUGCCCCAUGUUGCCUACACUUGCAAACAUUUGUCUUUGAAUAAUGGAAUGCCACAAUGGUUUACUAUAUUUUCACUGGGCUGCUGGCCUUCCUUAUGUUGAAUUGGGUUACCCAGGUCUCUCCUGCAGGAGAAGCAGUCCAUUUUCGUAAGGCCGCAGACUGCAAAAAGAACGAAGUUUAUGAUGCAACUUCCCUUCGAUGUAUUCCAUGUGAAGACCAGCGAGGCCUGGUACCAUCCCCUGAUGGUAAAACAUGCAUUUGUGGCCCACAGCACAAGAUAGGAAAGUGGGAUGCAGCUGGAUUUCCUACCUGUGAAAGAUGUCCUGACAACCAAGUUGUGACAACAGAUGGUUUAGACUGUGUACCAUGUUCAAAAAAACUGCAGAUUCAAAGCAAUGAGUCAGUCUCAUGUUCCCCAUGCUCCAUAUCAGAAAUAAGAGUGGAAAGAAGUACCAAUGGUUCAUUAAAUGCAGUUGCUUACUGCCUUCAGUGCGGAGUCAACUUUGUACCUACGGAAGAUAAACGUACUUGUAGGAGAUGUGUCAUGUACCCUGCUUUUGAAAAUUGCUCCUGCCCUCAAGUUUCUCAUGAACUAGUAAACAAAGUUUAUUGCAUCCCAAGAACACAUCUCCUUGAUUUUCCUGACGACAGAACAACAUACACCGUUGAGUAUGGAUCUGGAAUCAAAGUUGACUCUCUUUAUCUUCGAAACAAUCUACGUCUGGCAGCGUAUCAGUGCAAACAAAAAAAUCACACCGCCUGUCAAGCUGUGGCAAAUAUGUGCGUUAUGGCAAUGUUCCGUGAUGGGUACAGAGGGAGUCCCUGCAACUUUUUCCGAGAUGCCAAACACAUACCAACUGCAGAAACAGGUCAUUUACCUUGGAUUUUCUAUGGAGAAGGAGAUGCCCAAACAGUUCUUUCCAGGAAGAAAAUUCUGUCCAGCUACAGCCUUGACAGUUCAUCAAAGGGCAAUCUGCUUAAUUUGACGGUAGCAAAAUUUGCCUCCAAUGGACUCUUUUUGGGUCUGGCUUCUGCUUCAUUAGACAUUUUAAGCUUAUGCCCUGGAUCAUGGGGCAAAAUAAGAUUUGGGGCAAACUUCAGGCAAGAUUGUGCUGUCCCUGCCUCUUUGUUAUUUUCUGUAGGUCAGCAACCAAAAUUUUUUGAGUUGUACCUACAGUAUUGGGAUAAAAGUGAUUCCAUGCUUUAUGCUUUACCUGUACUCACUUUAAACUUGAAAGAUGGAUCCCGUUUUCCAAAUAAGGAAACUGAUAAGUCUGGAUGGCAAUUGGUUCGUCGCUUCUUCUUGUCGGAAGCAAUCAGUGGCGUUAGAAGUAAACCAGAGACCGAUGGAGGUUUGUCUGAAGCAGAGGAAGGUCUAGUUCCAGUAGUUUUGCAAUAUGCCAAAUCGUUAAGCUUGAGAAUCAGAGUUCAGACUGGUAAUGAUAAAGGACGAGUAUUUCCACCUCUUGCUAUUAUUGAGUAUGCUGAACUUUCAUCUGAAGCUUUGCAAAAUAACAUGAUGGUACCUCUUCAAUUUGAGAUUGUGUUUGAAAUGGACAACAAUGUAGCCCAUGCCAUUGAGGUAUCAAUCAUUGUCCUCUCGGUACUUUCCAUUGUCUGGGCUGGCAUCCAAACACUCUCUUACUCUCGCAGAGCAGGAAAAGUAGGAGUUGAUCUUGCCUCAUUGUUCCGCUUAGUCCUGCUAACCUGUGGCCGUUUGUCUGACUCCUUUUUCAUAGUAGUGGCUGGUGCUGCUACCCACACAUUUUUAUUCUACAAGGGACAGUCAGUUCCACAUAUGCUCUUGCCUGGACCUUAUGAGGAAUAUUUAAUUUUCACUUAUGUAGUUGUAGCAUUUUCUUUAAAGAUUGUUGAAAUGGCACACAUGAUCUGGCAUCAAAUUUCCAUAGACAUAUUUUUAAUGGAUUGGGAAAGACCAAGAGCCAGUGGGAACCUUCCUAGGCCCCAAGCAAAUGGAUCAGCUAAUCACAAUAGUGUUCCGGAAUCACAAAAAAUUUCUAUUUGGAGGACUUACUUUGUGGCUAAUGAAUGGAAUGAAAUUCAAACCCUCAGAAAGACUAGCCUCUCUCUUCAGUUGCUGGUUGUUCUUCUAUUUCUGAAGGUUUUUGGCUGGGAGCAAUGGGCUUUACCUAUUCCAGACGCAACUUUCAACAACUCUGGUUGUUCAGGAACCCCUCCACCUAACAUUGUAUGUCGUUUCGCAUUGGCGAUUCUUGUCUAUCUAGGUGUAUACAUUUUACAAUGGCUCUUAUUAAGUGGUGUUUAUGAAAGGUUCAUGAAAAAUUUUGUGCAAGAUUUUGUUGAUGUUUGUUCUAUGGCAAAUGUCAGUGUUUUCAUAUUGUCCCUUGAAAAUUUUGGAUACUACAUACAUGGAAGGUCUGUACAUGGAUUCGCAGACACUGAUAUGCAGACCAUGUUAGGACAGUUGCAAAGAGAGGAGGAUGAUUUGGUAGGUCACAGAGGACUCCUCCCAGCAACUGAACAACAAACUUUCCAAAUGAUGAUACCAAGUCAACUAAGGGCAUGCUACAGGAAAGUUAUGGCUCCACUUACCCAUUCUGUUGUCCCGUCAUCCAAAAGGCUGUCAAGUAUUACAGCUCAGCGGAAGCCCUUGGCUACAACAGUUGAUAGAAGUGUUCAAGCUUACCACAGUAUGAACAAACUUCUUGCUGCCUUUCUAGAACAUGCUCUCAAGGAUCUUGACUAUGAGGUCCGCUCUAAGCUCUUCUUAGAAUCAGUUCUUGACAUGGAAUUUGCACAAAAUCAAGAUAAAGGAGUCUUAUAUAUUGACAAUGGACAUUCAUUUGAUGCUGUGCUUUUUUAUGGGAAUGAAUGGAUCCUCCUCACCGUCGACAUUAUGUUAUUCACUUUUGUGGAUCUUCUUUGCCAUGAUUAUUUAUUAGCUGCUAUUGUAACUGGACUCGCUGCUCAGGCCCUUGUGUUUCUCCGAAAAGUUGGAGGAAGGAAAAAUUUGGCAAAGAAAACAUUGAUUGAUGAAAGAUUUCUAAUCUAAGGACCAAAAAGAGUAGCAUUCAACUUAAGACUGAUUUAUUUGUAAUUUAUUUUUUAUGUAUGUUUUGUGUGUCAUUUUAGUCAAUCUAGUUCUGGAAUAAGAAAUGAAUAAUUCAGAGACGUUGUUGUUCCAAAAUUCAGUCAUAUAUUUUGAUUUAAAUGGAUUGAACUUCUAUAUUAAGAUGCCUUUGACCAUACAUUAUUUUCUGUGCGUACUUUAAAAAUAAGGAAGCCAUGGAAUGUUUAUUUACAAA